AUGGACGACACGCACAUCGAACAGAUUGCGAAAACUUUAGUCACUAAUGCUGUACAGAAAGCCAUUGAGAAGGUUCGCGCUGAAAGCAUUGAAAUGGCGGGAGCUAUGGAAAGCGCUGUGGAUGACAUAGUAAAAAUGACCAUUGGACAAUCAAUAUCAAACAUACAACUGGGCCACACAUCACCAACUGACCACAAAAUGGCGGAAAUGAGAGAUGAAAAUGUAGAUGAUAUCGUUACGCAAACACUUGAGCGUUCAAUUCUGUCAGUUCGUAAGGGACUAACAUCACCAACUGACCAAAUGAUGGCGGAAAUGACAGGUCAGUUAGACAAGAAUGUUGAUGUCACAAUUGAAAUGACCAUCGGGAGGUCCAUCCAGGCGAUUCGUGACGGACAAACAUCACCAACUAGUAUCAUGAUGCUAGACAAUGAUAUGCGUAAGCUGGCAGCUCCUGAAACAGGAAGAGACGUAGAGACACAUGAUGCAAAACCAAUAAAAACUAAUAAAGAAAUUGUCUUCUGUGGUCCCAGAACGGACAAUAUCAAGGCCCCGCUUGUAAGCAUGACUACAGGUCAUCAUCACGCAGCUAGCAAAGAAAAGAAAAACACUUUCGAGCGAUUUCUUGACAGAAUUUUAGGAAGAGGAGAGAAAAAGAAUACAAAGAAAAGGACACCAGAAGCAAAUGACAGCGCCACAAGUGGAGAAAUUAGUAAAAAAUCAUCAAAGGCUCAUAACAGAAGAGAUUGGAUACUGAAGCACGUGUUGUGUUGUUUCGUCCGCCAGACGGCGACAGUGGAGCCUGACGAUAUCUGA